UACACAUUAGAUCACAUAUUCACACCGCUGUCAUUUGGAAUCAAACGACAAACAAUGUAUUUUUUACACUUUUAUUUAGAUUGUUAUAGUUUUAACGUCAUUGAACGAGUUGAAGAAUAAUAUAUUACAUAAUACUGUCACAGUAUUUGCUAUAAUAUGAACCAUUUGUGACGACAUGAUAUAUUCAUCAGAAAAUAAGUGCAAAUUGAAGAUGGCGCGUAAAAACAUGUUUUUUUUUAAGCUUGCUCGAAUGAUCUGUUACGUGUUAAGAAUUUGUUUUAAUAGAGAUCAAGCUGCUGCAAUAAUCAAAGAACUAUUUCUAGAUCUCAUUGAAGUCUUAUUUGGCUUAGAGUUACCAUUUAAAUGUAUACCCGAUAAUGUACUAGAAAAGCUUUUAAUUGAUGGUUAUGGACACCAAAUCAUAAAGAAAUAUUCUUUAAACAUUCACAAAUGCAUAUUUAUAAGUAAAACGUUGUUUGAUGAAUACAAGUUAAAAAAUAUGGAAUGGGUGAUGAUGAAUGUGAAAAUAAAAGAUUCGAAUAAACUUCCAGUAUUGCAUUUGAAUAGAAUAUUAGUGCUAUGUGAUCUAAAAGAAAACACAUGUCUUCUGACUUCAACAAAUUUAUUCAACAUAAAAAACUGUGACAAUUCUAGCUGUGUUGAAAAAUUAAGAUUAGUCGUACCCUUAAAAAUUAUCAAACCAAAAAUAGCUGAAGAAGCCUCAAUAGCAGUAUCAAAGCCAUUUGAUUUUAAUGAUGAUACACAAACUUUGUUGGACAAAGCAUUUUAUAAUUAUUUUUCUCAUUUGAAAUUUGUAUCGGUUGGUGAUGUUUUUAAAAUAGAUCUUAAUCAGUGGUAUCCAGAAUCAGAAUAUUUAAUAAAACCUUCAAGAGCGACAAGUGUUUUUAUUAAAAUUGUCAACUUAAAUGGAAAAUCUGCUGAUGACAUUGUAUAUAAAUCUAGAAGAAGUUACUAUAUUUCUAAUACUCAAACAAAAUUAGUUGAAGUUAAAUGUUUAGACAAUACAUAUUUACCUCGGGAUAUGUAUUAUUCGCCAUAUGAUACUACCGACAUAAAUAUAGACAAUUUUAACAAUUAUUUGCUUGAUGUCCUUCCUGAUGGUAUGACAAUUUACGGAAAAGUAUUAGAAUCGUGGAUUCAGCCGUUUAUUAGCAACAAUACCGUUGAUUUUCAGUCGCUAAAACCAUUUUUUUUGGUUUACGGAAAUAGAGGAUGCGGUAAAGACUUGUUGAUAGAAUCGAUAGCUCGGUUUAUGGGAGUAAAAUAUAUAACGCAAUGUUGUUACGAUUGGCCAACAAAUAAUGUAGCACAGUUUAAAAAAAAAAUUGAACAUUUCUUUGAAAGCAUUCGGAAAAAUACACCAUGUCUUUUACACUUGGAAAACGUUGAGGCCCUUUGUUUGUCUUCAACUAAGGAUUUAGAACUAGAGGUCAUAAACAUUCUGUCUAAACAAAUUCAAAUUAAAACUACUAAACCAAUUAUAAUCGUGGGUACAACAAAUUCAAAGGAAAAACUCAGUCCUAGUUUUCUCAGACUGUUCCUACAAACUCAAGAAAUUGCAAGCUUGGAUAAAAUAAAUUGUGAAAAACUGCUGAAAUGGAUAUUAAAGAAGGAAUCUGUUGUUAUGGAUACGCGGUUAAUUAAUAAAAUCGUCGAUCAAACGUCUGGCUACAAUUACUCUGACUAUAUGACAAUGUUGUUGAUAGCUUCAAAACGUAAAUUAAGUAUUACUGACCAACCGACUUCUGAAAUCAAUUUAACAGAAUCCGACAUAAUGUUUGCGAUAAGUAAAAUAAAUGCAAUGUUUUCCAAGUCAAUUGGAGCCCCGUCGGUACAAACUGUUAACUGGGAAGACGUAGGCGGCUUAAAAAGUGUAAAAGAUGAUAUCAUGUCGGCCUUAAAACCUUCAACAAACAACAUGAGAAGAUCUGGAUUAUUGCUUUACGGACCUCCUGGAACUGGGAAAACACUAUUAGCAAAAGCUGUGGCGACCGAGUGUCAUUACAACUUUUUAUCAGUGAAAGGCCCCGAGUUACUUAACAUGUAUAUUGGACAAAGCGAAGCCAAUGUGCGAGAAGUUUUUAGCAAAGCUCGUUCAGCUGCUCCCUGCAUAUUAUUUUUCGAUGAGCUCGAUUCAUUGGCACCUAAACGAGGACAGAACGGUGAUUCAGGUGGCGUCGGAGAUAGAGUUGUUUCACAACUUUUAACAGAAAUGGAUGGUGUUAGUACGGACAAUCAGCAAAUUUUUGUUUUGGGUGCCACCAACAGACCAGAUCUUAUUGACUCUGCUUUAUUGCGUCCCGGAAGACUCGAUAAAAGCGUUUACGUGGGUGGAUGUAACGACAAAGAAUCCAAAGUUCAUGUUCUCAAAGCUCUCACUAGAAAGUUUGUCUUAAGUUCAGAUUGUUGUUUGGAAGAUAUUGUUAAAUACUUACCGCCUACGAUAACUGGUGCCGAAUUGUAUGGGAUUUGUUACAACGCUUGGCUUAACAGUGCAAAAAGGGUGAUUGAAGAAAAAUCCAAUAGCAAUGAUGUUACGAGUAAAACUAAAGUGAACAAAGUAGUAGUAAACAAGGAAGAUUUUAUGGAAUCUUUGAAAAAUCUAAGUUCUUGUUAAAAUUCUAAUUAUCUAUUUGUAUAAAGUUUUGGUGUUUUGAUAAUUUAUAAAACUUAAGACUGAUAUUUAUUUGGUGAAUAAAUUGUUUUCCCUAAUUAA